GCCGCGCGCCGCCGCCACAGCGGGAGCAGGAACCGGCAGCGGCGGGGCCCGGCUCGGCCCGGCCCGUACCGCCAUGUGGUUCAUCUACGCGCUGAGCUGGCUGUCCCUGCUCAUCCAGGUGGCCUUCGUCACCCUGGCGAUCGCUGCUGGGCUGUACUACCUGGCGGAGCUGAUCGAGGAGUACACGGUUGUCACCAGGAGGAUAAUCAAAUACAUGAUCUGGUUCUCCUCGGCCGUGCUGGUCGGCCUCUACCUCUUCGAACACUUUCCCGGUUUCCUGGUGGGCGUGGGGCUCUUCACCAACCUAGUCUACUUCGGUUUGCUGCAGACCUUCCCCUUCAUCGUCCUGACAUCCUCCAAUUUCAUACUGUCCUGCGUGCUGGUUAUAUUCAAUCACUACUUAGCGUUCCAGUACUUCGCUGAGGAGUAUUACCUCUUCUCCGAGGUUCUCGCCUACUUCACCUUCUGCCUGUGGUUAAUUCCUGUUGCUUUUUUCGUCUCUUUGUCGGCCGGAGAGAACGUCCUGCCUUCCACGGUGCAGCCUGGAGACGACGUGGUCUCCAACUACUUCACCAAGGGAAAGAGGGGCAAGCGCUCCGGUAUCCUCCUCAUCUUCUCCUGCAUCAAGGAGGCCAUCCUGCCCAGCCGACAGAAGAUUUACUGAGCCCCAGAUGCAGCCGGUGUCGGCCACGGCGAAGGAGCAGGGCAGACCCAAACUGUGCAGAGGGCUGCGAGGCAGCGCUGUCCCCAGCCCUCGCUCCAACCCUCCUCAAUGUCUCUCGAAGGGAUUUUACUACAAACGUAUAAACCGGGUGAUGGCCAGAGGUGCCAGCAGCGCUGGACAGAUGCACGGGGAGGGCACGCGCCUUUUUAUACAGCUCUGCUGAUCCCCGGGACUGCGUGCGAGAAGGAUGUUUGGCUCCAGCCGAGCGCGAGGAGGGUCUGUUUUCCCCAGCGCUGCCCACCCCGCUCAGGGACCUGGAAAUCGUUGUCAUCUUCUGGGGUUUAAAGCCAGGAGUUUGCACGUGGUGUAGUUUGGCUGUGGGAACCGUUCCCUUGGUGUGGAGGCAGAACGCGCUUGACGUUUAACUGAGGUUUACACAGAGCCAUUAAUUAAACAAAACAAACAAAAAAAAAUAAAGUAACCAAACUGUCAAACUCCCACGUAUUCCCGCUGGGAGCCUGCCAGUGCUGGAGGAUGCUGGCGUCCCCUCUCCACAGCUGCGGGGAGGUGACCUGGAAGGACUCGAUGUCAUUUUUUCUUUGAUUUUCAUGUUAGAAAUACCCAUUUUCUCUUUUCUGGUUUUGCCGGAAGGCUCCCUGAGCGGCCGGGAUGCUGCGGCAGUGCCGGCCAGCGGGGUGAGCCCUGGGAAGCUGUUCCACUGAGAGCGAUUCUCCCUCCACGUGAGAGGAGCGAGACGGUGAGCGAGUGGCCUCGGCUCCCCUUGGCCGUCGUAGACGAUCGUACUGAGAAGGAGGUGAACCCUUCAUUCUUGUUCCUUGUAAUCAUAAAAAACACCCCUUUUUCCCCCCUUUUUUGCUUUGUCGUUGGUCACCUUCGGCCUGUGCCAGAACCAGAUCUCCCCGUGCCAGCCAGGAGCUGUGUGUGCCUGUAGCGCAGGAACACCCCGGCUCUGGCAGCGCAGUUUCACGGUUCGGGAAAGCUUUUUGAGGAGUUUCUGUGGAAAAUGGCUCAUAUUGUGGCCAGAAGAUGAAGGUGAGGUGCCGAGUCCCACGCACCCCUCCCUGCCCCCGGGUUUGUUCAGGGCCCGCUAACACUGGCGUGUUUUGAUGCUGAUUUAGUAGAAGUGUGGUUGCUGUUUGAGAGCUGCUCGUCUAAUAAAAGGCUAUAGGUGAAGCUCGCCGUA